UUUUCCCUUACAAAACUUACUAUGGCCACAAUAUUACAAAUAAUAAAAGGUCAACAGGCAAACUCUUGAACUGCAGUAUGGUAUUUUCAUGAAAACUAUGGUCACUUUGAUAAAUUCUAAUGGGUUAAUGACAAUUCAGUCAUUUUCUUACAAUAGUAAUAAAAGAUGUAAAGUAGCCUACUAUGGAAAUUUAGUGUAAACCAUGGUACAUUGUACUUUUUAUACUCUUUUUUUUAUAUUACACCAGACACGUAAACCAUACUUCAUAUUUUGUUGGAAACUAUGUUAAAUGAACAUUUUUGUAAUGGAUAAAGGAAAAUAGUUGAAAUUCCUUCAGAGUGUAGUUGAAGGGUGUGCCACGCGCUUUAGAGAAGAAGCAGCAGCGCAUGAUCAGACGCUGAGCGAGAAAGAUCAUCGUUAACUUUUGCGUUAUUUUAUUCAAAGCCAUUUGUGAUCGAUUGGAAGCAAGCCCACUUUGACUCCCACUGACCACUUAAAGGUUGAGAGGAAACGAGUACUAACACAUAUACAUUUUAGCUGUUGAAACUGAAAGAUGGCUGAGCAGCUGCAGAAACUUGUUUCACAGAAGAAGGAUGUUGUCGAGACAGUCAUGGAAGUGUUUGAGCAGGGCGCAGAAGUGGUGGCCAGCAUCGCUGGAGAUCUGUUCCCCGUGUUCUCCAUCGCAGCUCCGAUCGUGAAGCUGGCGCUGGAUAACGUGGAAAGCAAGGAGGCCGAGUACAUGAAGGAGCAGUUCCAGAAAGUGCGAGAUCGCCUAGAAGUCGUUUCUGAAGAAGUCCAGCAGAUAAACCAGGAGAUCAAGAAGAGCGGCGUGGAUGCCACCUACUUCUCCGUAGAGGAGAACCUGACAAACCAAUUCCGCAAAUUCAUGGACGUCCUGAAUGCGAAACCUAAAUUCAGAGAGGUCAGAAAGAAAACGUUCCUGGAGCACUACAACAGAACAGGGGGUGAUAAAAACCUGCACACACUUUAUAACGCCGUAACCGGCGAUAACUUCUCAGGAGAAUCUGUGCUGGAAAUCACGCUGAAUUACGAGCAGAAGAGCCGCAGAGUGGUGGAGGAGUUUUGCGCUACCCUCAAAAAGUUGUUCUGCGUCGGUUUGAUCGCCUUACUGGGACACUCAGCACUGAAAGGCGAUGAUGAUGAGGAGAAGCUGCUUCAAGACUGGAGCGAGAGGAUGAAAGUGGUGCAGGAUAAAAUGAACGUCGUGAUUGAAGACUGCAUCAACAGCUUUCCGACGCAGGCCGAGCUGGACGCCAAACGCAUAGUGAGAGACCAAAGCGACAAAAGCAACCAGCAACUGGCCGACUUGCUGGUAGAGCACCUGAAAAAGAAGUACGACUGGGUUCGCUGGUCAGUCCGUGUCUUUAACUCCCCCACCAGCCUGUUAACCAAAAAGAAAGACUUCCACGGUUUGACGGGAAAGAGCCGCUUUCAGGUGCCAUCGUCAGAUGACAAGCUAAACGUUGUGGUCUCCUACAGCGCCUCGCCUGAACCUGUCGAUAAAGCCCGGAUACAGAGCCUGAUUUCAGAGCAGAAGAAGGUCAAAAUGACGCCGUUGGCUGAACAGCUUUUUGAGACAAUCCCAGUCUGUGUGGUUCACACAAUCAAGACCUCAUGCAAAGAUCUGGGCUUCUCCAGCAGCUUCUCUGACGAGCUGCACUUCUUUGAAGAAUUCAAGAACUUCCAUGUCUUUAUUCAUUCAGCUUAAACAAGGAGGAGACAUAGAAAGAUUAACAGCCAAGCAGAUGUUGUAGGAUGAUAUUUGAAUCAACCACUAUAACUACUACUUUACCUCUGUAAGGUUAUGACUAAUGAACAAAAUUAACUAUUGUACUCUACACUUUUCUUUCUUUUUUCAUCUUUUUUUUAAUCUCUGCUUGUUUUAAAGCUGUAAAUUAACACUUUAAUAUAUCAAAUUUGUGUUUUAAUAUACCAAGUGUUUUGUACUCCCUUAUUAUUGUAUUUAGUAGGUGAUGGUAGUGUUUUAGGGACUAGGCUGGUAAUACAAGUAGUCUCAGACAGCUCCCCAACAAACCGUCCAGGUAUGCAACAUGUUUGCACAGUUGUGUUUAAAACACUUAAUGCUAGGUUUGACAAAGUUUUCCAGGUUUUUAAAUUCAAGUCUUUGACAUUCUUAAGCAAAACUGAAUAUUUACUUAUUUUAAGUAGUGCUGUCAAAUGAUUAAUCAGCAUAUAUUUUUAGAUAAUAUAUGUGUGUGUACUGUGUAUAUUAUUAUGUACAUCUAAAUUCACACACAUGAAUGUAUAUAUUUAAGAAAAAUGUUUUGUUUAUAUAUAAAAUAUUCAUAUUUAUAUACAAUUUAUAUUUUAAAUAUAUACACGCAAACAUGUAAAUAUAUUUUAAAUAUAUGCAUAUAUGUCUGUGUAUUUAUAUAUACAUAAUAAAUAUACACAGUACACACAUAUAUUUUAUAAAAAAUUAAAAUAAACUUUUUUUGGAUGAAUUGCUUGACAUUGCUAAUUUUAGGUUCUUACCUAUGAUAUAAAGUAAUGAUUAAGAUAAAUAAAUAUCAAGUGACAAAACAAACUAAAUCAAUUAAAGGACAAAAAGUGGGCUAACAUAAGCAAAGCAUAGAAAAAAAAAACUAUAAAAAACAUUUUUACAGGGAGAACUUUUGGAAGAAAAUUUGUUUAGUUUUCUCAGUUUGUAUGAAAUAAUCAGUACAUGUAAUAUUUGGAUGAACUUUUGAUUACAAAGUCUGCACACAUUUUUCAACUGUGUUUUCGUUACAGUAUGUGUGUUAGCAGGGGUUGCUGCACCAUUUUGUUCUGUGCCAAUUCCUUUAUUGUUAUUUAAUCAAUUUCAGAUUGAACUUGCCCCAAAACGGCAUGUCAAAACAAAACUUUACAUCUUGGGAAGGUCUCUUUCUAUCUAAUUGACAGUUCUUAACUGUGAUUUAAAGGUGAACCAGACUGUCUGGUGAUGUUACUCUAGAGCAGAUUUCACUACAAUUAAAGGUUUAGGCAAAAAGCUGCACAAGAGACCACUACAGUUUAUAGAUUCUGACUGUGCACAGAGUUUUCUGUUGUUCCUAAUCUAAAUACAUGCAUUCAGCAAGGAUGCAUUCAAUUGAUCAAAAGUGACAAUAAAGAUAUUUAUAAUGUUAUAAAAGAUUUCUAUUUCAAAUGUAUAUUCAGCAAAGAAUCAACACUGGUAAUAAAUGUUUCUUGAGCAACAAAUCAGCAUAUUAGAAUGAUUUCUAAAGGAUCAUGACACUGAAGACUGGAGGAAUGAUGCUGAAAAUUCAGUUUUGGAUCACAGAAAUAAAUUA